CCCAAUGAGAGAGAAAAAGUAAGGUUGGUCUUUUUCCCGGUCUUUGCUGCUGUAAACACAGCUUGGGAGUGAGUGCUUCUCAUAUAAAAACAACAAACAAUUUCAGACACACAAACACACACAUUCAUAUAUUCACCACUUUACUUUUUUGUACAAGUACAAGUACUUCUCUAAUUCCACCCACAACAAAAAGAAAAUAAAAUUUGAACAAGAAGCAAAAUAGGGAGUAGUAGUUAUGGGUAGAAGAGAAUGGUACCUAAACUGGGGUACCAAGUCCUCCUCCAAGAUAGCAAAGGCAGCCGUAAGCGGCGGCGGCGGAGGUGGUGGUAAUGGUCGUAGUAGUAGUCGAGGAGGGGAUAUUAAACCGACUACGCCACCGGUGGCAACGGUGGCGGCGGCGGCUGCAGUGUCAGCAGGUGGAUGCAUGAAUGCUGUACUUCACCUGUUUGAUUUUCAGCAUUUUCAGCUUUGCUUACAUCCUCAGGAUAGCUCUUUUCUUUCAGAUGACCCCACCCCUCUAAAAGGUUUAGAAGCACCAAGAAACAGUUUGGAGUCGAUAACAGAAGAAGAAAAGGACGAUCAUCAUUAUCAGACGAAGAAGGGUAUUAUUCAGUUAAAAACGAAUCGAAGAGACACAGGGCUAAAACUAGUCCAGGUACCAAGAGGUAAUAAAAUGGAGGAUUUCUCAUCAGAAAGUAGUAGUUGUUCACCUGCAAGUGCAAGAACACCAACCCUUGUAGCUAGACUUAUGGGGUUAGACAUUCUCCCUGAAUCCACCACCACCACUCCAAGAUCAUCUCAUUCUCAAACACCACCAUAUAUACGACCUUCUUCUUCAACCCCACCACCACCCACCUCCACCUCCACCACCACCACCACCACCAGAACAAGGAAAUCUUGUACUACUACUACUAUUACUCAUGGUGUUUCGGGCCUACGGUCUUUACCCGAGACACCAAGACUAUCACCAUCUACGAGGAGGCGGUCUACGUCCACGGAUGUGGUUGAACACCAUAGACUGUCACUCCAGAUCAACAAAGAGAACAGUAUUGUGAAAGAGAUGGAAUUGUCGCGGCCAUCAUGUUCUGCAAUAACUACCAAAAGAAGAGAAGGGAGAAACAAUGAAAAUAAUGAAGAAGUUGCUAAAAGUCCUAGCUAUUAUGCUAGACAGAUCAUGAAACAAGUGAGGGAAACUGUUAGUCGGAGAGUCGGACAUGACAUUACAAAUACAGUCUCUUCUUCUGAUGGAAGAAGAAGAGACGAACAUCUCUUAUCAUCAACAACACAACAAAAAAUGUCAAUAUCAAAAUCCAAAAGAUCCAAAAAAGAACAGUUUCAUCUUUCAUCCUCUUCACCAAAGACUUACAACGACGAGAAUAAGUUUACAACAGCUGUUACUGAAUUCCCUCCUCCGCCGAGGACGGUGGUGACAGUACAGGAAACCACCACCGUAAGAGGAGGAGGAGGUGAUCAGAAGUCUGAUACUGGUAAUAAUAAUAAUAGUAGUAGUAGUAAAAUGAGUAGUAAGAAGCUGCCACCAUUGAAGUCAUAUAACUCGAUAAGGAACAAGAAAGAGGAGCAGUUUGUUCAUCCUUUGACGACGGCGGCGGCGAUGGCGGCGACGAGUAAGAAAUGUAAAAAGACGAUGUUGUCUAGUGAUCUUCUUCAUGGGACAGUUCCUUCAGUUGUCCCCCUCAAGAAGGAUUCUUACUCUCCUACAAAAUUACUUGACAAUCAGGGACUGUCGUCAAAUGCUCAGCCUUCGAAACCCAUCAUCAGCAACAACAACAAUAAUAAUAUCACCACCACCAAUACCACCACGACACGGUUAUCCCGUUAUCCGAGGCAACGGAUAGACGAGAAAAGACAAGAAGAAGCGACACAUGCACCACCCACCGUCCACCACCACCGUUGGCGGAGCAGGAAAGAUGUACGUUCAGGUACAGGAACGGGAAACGGAACCGGAACCGGAACCUCCGUAAUGGAAUUCCAGUACAUCAGUAGAAUACUGAAAUGUACUGGAAUUGACAGAGAUACCCCUGUAUCUUUUAUGAGAUGGUUUUUACCAUCUCACCCUUUAGACCCAUCAAUUUACCACACUUUAGAAGCCACACAUUAUAUUACAACAAGUGACAAGUUUUCCUUCGAACAACAGUCCCACCUUUCGAUUAACAGAAAGCUAAUAUUUCAUCUCGUCGAUGAAAUGUUAGCUAAUAUGUUAAAACCUUAUGUUAAACUCAAAUUACACUAUUAUAAACAAGAUCAACAGAUGAACGGGUUUCAAUUAGUGAAAACUUUGUGCACGAAAAUUCGAGGUUUUCCUAGUGCAGACUGUCAGACACUUCAAGAUAUUGACGCUCUUGUGGAAAAAGAUUUGCCAAGAAUUGGAGGAGUUAGUAGUAAUUUGGUUGCUAAUUACCAAGAUGAAGGUGAGGAUGUUGUAUUAGAGAUUGAACGUCAUAUUAUGGAGUCAUUAAUCAAGGAAAUUUGCUCCAUUUGAUGUUAAUGAAUAAUAAAUGUAAAGAAAAUGUUUGUUUUAAUUAGUUAGUAGAGAUUAAUUUUUCUUGUUUGAUUCAUGUAAAUAUUAGUUAAAGGGGAGGUAAUUACUAAUUAGUGAUUUUGUUAGAUGUUUUUUUUUUAUUAUUAACAUUAUUAUGAAUUUUAUGUAAAUAAUGGCCUAAAAUGUAGUAGUAGUAGUAAGUAAAAAAGGCUCUUUUUAUGAAGCCAAUACUAAUGUAUUUUGUUGGUAGCUCUUGUUAGUAUAUCUUUAACCUUAAUAAAAGUUUGAAUUAAGCUUAA